UGCGCCAUAAAAUUAAUAUGGCAAAAAAAACAAGAGUUUUGCUUCAACCUUGCUGGAUGGGUUUAAUUCUACUUCUUCUAUCGGCUUUCUUAGUCGUAGCCACCUCAAAGAUCAUCACCACCCUACCGGGAUACUCCGGCAAGCUUCCCUUCAAGCUUGAAACCGGAUAUAUUGGUGUAGGAGAGAACGAGACGGUGCAGCUUUUCUACUACUUUGUUGAAUCUCAAAGGAGUCCUUCGCGAGACCCUCUCCUGAUUUUGAUCCCUGCAGGCCCCGGUUGCUCUGGUCUCGACAGUUUAAUGUUUGAGACUGGCCCUUUAGCUUUCAAGAUUGGAGAUUACAAUGGAAGCCUACCAACACUUCAUGAUAACCCAUGGGCAUGGACGCAGGGCCUCAACAUCAUAUAUUUGGAUGCACCCGUUGGUACUGGGUUCUCUUAUUCAGAAAGUUAUAACGGCUAUAUUAUGGACGACUAUAAACAUGUGGCACAAGUCUACGAAUUUCUUCAAAAGUGGCUGAGAGAAUACCCUCAGUUUCUGAAAAAUGAUUUAUAUGUUGUUGGUGAAUCCUACGGUUGCUUGAUUGUUCCGAUGGUUGUGCAAAAGAUAGUGAUAGGAAACGAAGCUGGAAGUGUGCCAAUGAUUAAUCUAAAGGGCUAUGUGAUUGGAGGUCCAGCGACAGAUUCAUUCAUUGACACCAAUGCAAAAAUCCCAUAUGCCCAUAGGUUGACUCUCAUAUCAGAUCAACUCUAUGAGUCAGCAAAAACGAGUUGCAACGGCAAUUAUGUUAAUGUAGAUUCUGACAAUUAUCAAUGCUCCUCAGACAUUGAUGCUAUCGACAAGCUGAUAGGCAACAUAAACCCACUAAACAUUUUGGAGCCAAAUUGUGUCAGUGUAUCCCCAGAACCAAAUGAAGACGUAGAGUUGGUCCAAAGAUAUCUCUCAGAAAAGUCUAGCUCUGCCUUGUGGUGUCGGAGUUAUGACAACAUGCUCUGCUACGUGUGGGCGAAUAAGAAAGUUGUCCAAGAAGCUCUUGGUGUUCGAAAGGGGACAAAAACCUUUUGGCAAUACUGUAAUUCCACCUUAGCUUAUACUCAGACAGUCACCAGUGUUGUUGAUUAUCAUCAAAAUCUCACCAACGCUGACCUAAGAGCUCUCAUAUACAGUGGUGAUCAUGACAUGUCUGUUCCAAACAUUGGCACACAAGAAUGGAUAAGGUCUCUCAAUUUGACCGUUGAUGAAAGCUGGAGAGUAUGGUCUGUUGAUGGUCAAACUGCAGGGUACACAAAGAAGUUGUUUAAUGAUAAAUUCACUUUGAUAUAUGCGACUGUGAAGGGAGGAGCCCACUUGGCUGCAUCAAACAAGAUCAAGGAGUGUGCUGCCAUGAUAGAUAGAUGGAUGGCUUAUUUCCCUCUUUAGGUGUGAUUCAUCCAAAUUUAUUUGGUUAUUUGCCACUUAAAAAGUGAUUGCAGAACAAAGACACUCUUAAAAGUCUCACUUUUAUCUCACUUAGUGUUAUCUUUUCCUUAUUCCUAUCUUUUAGUUGUUUUAUUUAUUGUUCAGUUCUAGCUAGUUUAAGUCAAACUCCAUUAAUGAAAGU